AUGACGCCCUUCUUAUCUACAGAUACUUCUACCCCCAGCUUGUCGUCGUUAUCCCCUGACAUAGAUGGAGUGCUUACCGGUGUCCGGGAUAUUAUGGAGCUCUCUGUAGCACAGGACGCAAAGCUCCUAGACAUCCUUCUUAUGAUGUCCGCUCAAGGCGAGAAAAGCGAGGAAAGGGAUCAAUCGAUCACCAUGAUGCAGUCGAAACUAGAUGCACAGCAGGCCAUCAUAGAGGAGAUUCGUUCGGAACAGCAACAACUGAUAUCAUCUCUCGCAUCCUUCUUGGAAAGUCACGCGCAAGAUGUGGAAGAUACCUCAGCAGUACCUUCCUCGCCUAUCAUUUUGGAAGCACCGGAGCCCACAACUCCCACGCGCGCAUUUCACCCUUCAUCAUACAGUAGCAGCAUUCCUAUCGCGCGCGCCAACUUAAGAACUUCCACUGAUGAUGACCAAUGGAAGGCUCCGAUCGGAAUACAACGGGGUAGCCGACUCCGGCGCCACGGUGCUUUCUAUGGUACUCCCAACCCAUCUCCUCCAGCGAGUCCUCAGAUCCAAGAAGAGGUCAUCUCUACAGCGAGGAAUUCUCCCGCAAGUGUGCACACACCGAUGGAAGUUACACAGGAGACAAACACUGCUGCCGACGCCGCAAAGGCUGCGGCAAACAACGAAGGCGAUAGGACCUCUUCCCGUAAGUCCUGCAAGCGUUGCCGAGAUUCCGACGAGCAAGACGCACGCACGACCGCAAAUCGUAUGGACAUAUCUAGCAUCGUUCAUACUGCGCCCGAUGGGUCUUCUCCCUCCGUUUCGUUCUCUUUCUGUUCCACUGGACAUGGUCCUGCUCGGGGCGGUGGCUCUCCCCGUGAUGGGCCCUCGAAGCGCAGACGCGUAUCUCAGGAUAUUGUUGAUUCUGAUCCAGUUUCCGACACGAAACGCCCAAUCCGCAGAAGUCUGCGUCAUGCGAUGCCCCGUUAA